GAAUUCCUCAGCUGGCAUGGGGAAUGAUGGCCCCUUUAUGACUUGUGGACUUCAACUCCCAGAAUACUGGAGCCAGCAUGGGAGUUGAGGUUCGCAAAUCAUAAAAGGCCCAUCGUUCUCCAACCCUGCUUUAGAUACUAGCCUUCUGCUAGAGCCAUUCCUGAAGCCAACAGCCAUACAGGCUUCCGCACAAGUCUAAAGGAUGGAUCAUAAAGACCGGAUCUGGCUAGAGUGCCCUCGAGAGACAAUGUCAUUGUCAUUGUCUAGGGUGGCUUUUCUAUGGUUGAGACCCACCCGGAGACACAGCCAGGCCAUUCUGUUUGGUCGCCGUGUUUCUUUCCUUUGAUGCUGACGGUUCUGAGUUCUGAAAAGCAACGAUGGCGAAUUGCUGCCUCAAGUGCCUCAAGUGCUUGUUCUGCUUCUUCAAUGUCCUUCUGUUUCUCGUGGGAGCUGCAAUGUUCAGUUUAGGCCUCUGGGUUUUGAUCACCAAGAGCGCCUACAUCUCCAUCCUGCAGUCUGUUUUCGACUCCUUCCAAAGCCUGCUGUACAUUUUCAUCGCGAUUGGGGCUUUGGCCAUGUUUCUCGGCUUAUGGGGCUGCCUCGGAGUCUAUCACUUUGGAGUAAAAUUCGCUUUGAUGGCCUACAUUCCGCUCCUGAUCGUCCUUAUCAUCUUCCACUUUUUCCCGGGCUUGUUCGUGUACUUCAAACAGCAGAAGAUGGAAGACGAGCUCAACAAGACCAUCCUCAGCCUCAUCCAAAACUAUAACCCAAUGGACCAAGCCAACCAGCACAAAAGGUUAACUCUGGAUUAUGUCCAGGCCCGAAUGUCUUGCUGUGGCUGGACUGGGCCGGAAAAUUGGAAAAACAACACCUUUUUCCAGAAUAAAAUGGGAACCUACCCAUGUUCUUGCAGCAACCACCCAAACAACUUCCAACCAAUGCUGGGCGUCUGCCAGUUGAACACCGUCUCACAUAAAUCUGUGGUGAGUGACUGGCCGGUGAAAAAACAGGGAUGCGAUACGCGGGUGCAAAAGUGGUUGAAGAGUGUGGCGGACGCCAUUUUCCUCGCGUCCUUCCUCAUGAUCGCCUUCGAGAUCCUGGGAAUCGGUCUUUCUUUUUACAUUUACGCCGGCCGAAAUGUGUAUGCUGAAGGUCACAGCUGAAUUCUCCCAUGUGGAAGACGGCCAAGGUUCCCCGCAGAGGGGAGAAAACGAAAAACAAAAUUCCUUGCUUCCAGGUUUUCUUCAGCUUUUCUUCGACAUCUUGACUUGGCUUGGUAGCUAAUUUGUUGAACUCAAGCCGCAUGUUUUGAGCCUCCAGAGGUUCAAAUGAAAUUUCCAGUUGUCUCUCACUCUUGAGCAUAUUGGUUUGGACUUCUGAGGGUCGAGGUUCCCUCAGCAAAGGGGAAUUCUGGGAUCUCUAUAAGUGUAUCUUGAAGAUUUCAAAACCUGGCCAACCUCAGCAUUAUCCACCCUUAAGACAGAUGAGACCUUGGAACGUUAACAUCAGCUCUGAGCUACAUAAUCUAAUCUGCUGUUUCUAAAACCUCUGACACUUUUUAAGAUGUGUGGACUUCAACUCCCAGAAUUCCCCAGCCAUCAUGGCUGGCUGGG